AUGACAGGACUUGGUUCUUCAUGUGGAGCGUGCAAGUUCUUGAGGAGAAAGUGCACGAGCGAAUGCAUCUUUGCUCCUUACUUCUCUUACGACCAUGCAGCAAGUCAUUUUUCUGCUGUUCACAAGGUUUUUGGCGCAAGCAAUGUCUCCAAGCUAUUGCUACACCUCCCUGUACAGAAUCGAAGUGAUGCUGCCAUAACAUUAUCCUAUGAAGCAUUGGCAAGAAUGCAGGACCCUAUUUACGGUUGUGUUGCAUAUAUUCUUGCACUGCAGAAAUUGGUGGCCACCCUCGAGGAGGAGAUAGAAACCAUCGGAAAUCAAAUGGCUAAUAUUGGAGUUGAUGCCCCUAAUUAUGUAACGUCUCAAGAAACUAACGUCCCAAAUGGCGUUCUACAAUUUUCUUCUGUGUAUACUAACGUAAACGAUCAUAUUAAUCAACAAAGUCUACAACUUCAACAACCUGAAAAUUUAUCAGCAAAUCAAGCUUGCUCUAGCCAAAUGAACGUGCAGUUUCCCCAGGAAAAUUUAUUUGAAGAAGAGAUUUUCCAAGCAUACUCCGAUUCCAGUGUCUUUGACAGAUUCUACGAAGAACUAAACCAAGAUAUGUAUCUGAAAUCUCAGUGGAUGUGCAGCACCUUAAAUUCAAGAUGAAUCUGAAACUGAAUUUAUUGUGCUUUUUUCCUAGCAGGCACAGAUAUUGCACACGGAAGUAUUAUGUUACGUUUUCGUCUUGUUUUGUUUUUCAUUUUUUCUUUGGCAUGAUGCUACUCCUAGUCCGCUUAUUAUAUCUAGUGUAUAUCAGGAUAUUUUUCCUCCUCCUGUGUAACUUUGAA